AGGAGGCCAAGACGAUCGGGCGGCACUUGUCGUAAAGAGAAACGGCGUGGAAGAAGCUUCUCAGGGAGGUCAGGAGGCUUUGUGUUCGACAACGGCAGCUCGUACCGGGGACGGAAGGAUGAGUGUGGACACAGGGGUGGUAUAAGAAGGUGGUCAGGUCCUUCUUCAUCUGAAUGCUGUUGUCAUCCAUCUGAGCCACUGUGAAAAUCCUCAUUGUGCAUCUCUUCCAAACCUUAAGAGACAGGAUGCUGCUUUUCCUUUAACCAUGAUUGACAGGAAGACACGUCAUUGUCUAUCCGGGGGUGUGGUUUUCCCCUCCCACUGUUUGACACAUGCAAUUUAGUCUUCAUUCUUGCAUCCAAGAUAUGUGUAAGAAGCCAAAAUAUGUGGUGAGUCGAUCAGUUUUGCUAGGGGUUGUAGUCAAGCUGUUCUCCUAGGACUACAGAAUACCUAGAUCCGUGACAAUCUAUCCGUGGUGCUGAAAUGGAAAAAGAUGUAGAGACCAUAGAGCAAGCAAGCACUGAUGGAGGACAAGAGACCGCUGAAGUGUUGGCUGAAGAUGCCCCGAUCCAAGGGGAACCACAGAUGCCAGAAACGAGUAACGCAAGUGAUCUUCUCAAGCUAAACCCAAGUUCACACGGCCACUUCAACCUAAAGUCAGAUGAAAUUUCAUUCAACCUAAAGUCAGAUGAAAUUUCAUUCAACCUAAAGUCAGAUGAAAUUUCAUUCAACCUAAAGUCAGAUGAAAUUUCAUCCCAGAAGAUGGAGUCUGGAGAAAUUGAACCGGUGGAGUCCAGAAACGAUCAAAUGGCUGGAGAAGACUCCAGUUUAAUCCAGGAACCAAGUGAUUUGGAUCUGGAUCAGCGCUCGGAUAACACGGGCAAUGAAGAUGUGGUUGGCACAGUUGAGCCAAUGUGCACGGACACGAGCGAGGCUCCUAUAGAUAUGAGUACAGGACCGGAUUCUGUAACUACCGAAACACAAAAUCUAGACCUCACCCAGUGCCUUCAGAUGGUCAACCCAGACAUUGAAGACCAUACAGCCCAUCGAGCCCCCCAACAUCUGGACGGGACACUAAAAGAAAACCUUGAUUCGUUAAAAGAGACCCCCGAUGAACAAAUCAGCAUGGACGUCGAUGUUAUGUCUGUAUCCGGUGACCUGGAGGCGCCCCAGGCAACCGUGCAACCGAUCCCGAAUACUGUAGGUGAACAGGAAGUGCAAGACUCCAGCCUGGAUAGUCCUAUUGUGCCAGAAGCUUAUAUGAAGCACAAUACACAGAACGUUAUUUUUCAGCAGCCUGCGCUGAAUCCGAGCGGUAUCGACCUCGCAGAUGCCGCCGGGAGGCAGGACACGGACACUGUGGUGGCCCAAGUGCCAGAUGUCACCAUGCAUCACGACUACACCGAGGCCAUAUCAAACAUGCCGAUCCUUCCUUGUCAGCCCGAGGCCUGCUCUGUACCGGGGGUAUGUAGCAUAUGUCAGUCAAUCCUUACCCAGACUCCUCGGCCUGUCCUCAUACCUUCUGAAGUUUCGGCAUCUACCUUUCCAGCCAAUUCGGCAGUGGAUAGGAUCAUACAUGGCUCCAUUAAUCCUCAGCUCAUUCAAGGCUGCAUUGUUACAAGCACCGAAGGCAGAAAUUCUGAGAUCACCCAGUACCUGAUCCUACAGGAACCUGAGGGCGCGCCUACUAGUUUCCCAUUGACAGUAAGCCCAGUUGCUGUCGGAGAACGAUGGCCAUCACAUUCCCCCGCUGCUCCCGAAUUAGUGUCUGACUUGGAAGCUCUAGAAGGAAUGAUGGAAGUGGUGGUGGUCCAGCAAUACAAAUGUAAGAUGUGCCAGUACAAGAGUACAUCCAAGUCCACUCUCCUCCGCCACGUGAAAGAGCGCCACGUCCACUCAGUCAAUAAAGAUGAAAAGGCUUUCCGUAAAGUGGUACGGCCUAGAGAAGAGGAGGAAGAAGAGGAAGAUGACAUAAUGGACGCAGGAGCCAUAGAUGAUGCCGACGAUGAUAGCGACUAUAGUCCAGGAGAGGAUGCCACUCGUAGUCACCAGGUUGAAUCCGCUACAGGUGUACUGGCAAAAGAGAGACCACGCCGGCGACCUUUGCGUCCAUGCAAAAUUCCACGUUUGCAAGCAGCUGAAGUAGGUUCCGGCCCCCUACAAUUGCCAACAAUGACCGAACCGGUGGAAAUUAACAUCAUACUAUCUGACUUUGAAAACAAGGAUCCCUCUGCUUGCUCACCCCAAGAGGAGCAGAAAGUAAUAUGUCGACCACGCGGCCGCCCCCCUAAACACUUCAGAGGUCGAAAGUAUCAUCGCUAUAGAAGCCGUAGAUAUUAUAAACCGCCCAAUAAGCCUCUGCUCAGACCUUUCAUCUGCCGCGUCUGUGGCUCCCGGUUCCUUACCCAAGAAGAUUAUUCCUUCCAUAUAAACGCGCACGAUAGCAGCGACCCCCAGAUGUUUCGGUGCCAGCAGUGUAGCUAUCAGUGCCGGAGAUGGUCUUCCCUGAAGGAACACAUGUUCAACCACCAGGGAAACAAACCGCACAAAUGCGAUCAAUGUAGCUACACAAGUGUUUACAAGAAGGAUGUGAUCAGACAUUCUGCCGUACACCAGCAAGAACGAAAAAAGAAAUGCCUAACGAUUGCAAAGACCAUCAGCUACCCUUGCCCUGUGUGUAAUCGUGUGUACACCAUGCAAAAACGUUUGACCCAGCACAUGAAGACACAUAGCACUGAGAAACCGCACAUGUGUGACAAGUGUGGAAAAGCCUUUAAAAAGCGAUACACCUUUAAGAACCACCUUCUGACUCAUCUGCAGUGUGUGGAAGAAAACAGGUAUAAAUGUGAAUUUUGUGAGUACAUGUGUGAAGACCGGAAGCAGCUUCUAAAUCACCAGCUGACUCAUAUGAACGACAAGCCCUUUAAAUGCAAUCAAUGCAAAUAUCAUACGUUCCGACAGGACUUCCUGCUCACUCACCAGGCAACCAAACAUGCAGCUGGGAAGCCUUUUGCCUGUGACUAUUGCCACUUCACCACCAAGCACAAGAAGAACCUGCGCUUACACGUCAAAUGUCGACACGCGCAACUGUACCAAGAGUGGGUGCAGCGACACCCAGAGGACGCACCUUGUCGGCGGCGCCCCUUUUUCUCUCCUCAACAGAUUGAACAACUCAAACAACAACACGAGCAGCCAGUGGUCCAGACUCCAUCUGCACAAGAGAAUCCGUCCAGGGGGCUCACCUAUCACAUGCUUCACCAACCCACCCAGGAAGGAGGACAACCACAGAAUACACUAGAAGGCGCUACAAUAAUAUACGAACAAGGUGGAGAAGGCGAUGAAAUUGCAACCCAAGCAGCUUUAGAUUUGCUUCUGAACAUGAGCAACCAACGAGAUGGCCCUGGAGGACCAUUACAAGUAGCCGUGGUAAAAUCUGCGCCGUGCAUUGACGGCCAAGAGGCGGCAGAUUCAUCUCAGGAGCCGCACAUGGCUCAGGUUCUGACCCUGCAUAUGGAUGAAAGACAAGUCACAGAAGUCCAAGAGGCCGGGUAUGAAGAGACUGGCAUGUCGGAGACGGGCUACGAGGGUACGGUACAGCAGAUCACCAUCAAUACAGCCUUCACCACCGCAGGGUACAGCCUUAUAAAUGCAGACAGCAUGCAGGCGCCAUUGUGCAGUGAUAAUGAUGGGACCCCGAGAUCUCCUCAUACGAUGAUGGCAGAAAGUGGGAAGGACAAGAACGCUGUACAGAUUAUGAACAAGCCACAGGUUGCCACCAAUCAGCCUUUGCCAACAACAAAAAAAUUUUCCUGUAAAAUUUGCAAUUCAUCCUUUUGGGGACGCGCCGAAAUGGAGAGCCACAAGAGAGCCCAUGUGGAGGGGGACAGCAGAUUCAAAUGUCCAGACUGUGGGAAUUUCUUUGCUGAAACAUGGGCAGCCGUCAGGGAUCACAUGACUCUUCACUCUGAUCUCCGGCCUCACCGCUGCAAUCAGUGCAGUUUUGCCUCCAGGAAUAAGAAAGAUCUUAGCAGACAUGCGAUGACCCACACCAACCACAGGCCGCACUCCUGUCACUUGUGUGGACAGCGAUUUAAUAGGAAAGGUCAUCUAAAAUUCCAUAUCGAAAGGCUUCACACCGGAGCAAAUGUAGAGCAGCCCCAGCAAACAGAACUGACGUCUAUCCCAGGGAUGGAUGAGGAGCACAUAUUCCUGGCCCAGGAGGAAACUGUGAGCAACCAGGAGGAUACAGCUUAUAUUCAGGAGAUAACAACUGCGGAUGGACAGACCCUACAGCAACUCGUAACAGCAGAUAAUCAGGUACAAUACAUAAUCUCCCAAGAUGGCAUCCCCCACCUCAUUCCGCAGGAAUAUGUCGUACUCCCUGAAGGUCACCACAUUCAGGUUCAGGACGGGCAGAUUACGCACAUUCAGUACGAACCAGGAGGACCGUUCAUUCAGGACCCUCAGCAGAUCCACUUUGUGCCAAUGUCGCCCACACAGCAGCUUCUGACUCAGGAACAACUUGAAGCGGCGGCGCACUCUGCUGUCACAGCCGUGGCAGAUGCAGCAAUGGCUCAGACUGUGUACACUGCAGAAACGGAGCAGCAGGAGAUACAGUACGACGUGAUCACUCUGGCAGAAUAGCGUCUGCGAUUUACGGUAUUCGCCGACAUCCCCCAUCAUUUAUUUUUUUUUUUUUUUUUGGUGUGGCCGGUUUGCACGGUCACGAUUUUACAUUGAAAUCAAGUCGUGGUUCUAUAAGAGACCCCGGGAGGUUAAAGGGGAACUCUGAUACAUGUGUUUUUACCCCUUAUUCACAGGAUAGGUGAAAAAGUGUCUGAUCACGAAGGGGUGGGGGGUUGGUAUUCAACUGCUGGGACUUCCCGGGACUCUUCACCCGGCAUCGCAGCCGUCCUCAUGUAGAGUGGAGGUCACACCAAGUGGUGGCCGACACGCCCCCCCCCCCCCUCCAUGAAUCUCUAUGGGAGAGCUGGAGAUACACGAGCACUGGUGGGGUUGGUAUCCAACCGCUGGGACCCCCCGCAAUCUCCACCUGGCACCUCAGCCCUCCUCAUGCAGAGUGGAGGUCACACCAAGCGGUGGCCGACACGCCCCCUCCAUGCAUCUCUAUGGGAGAGCCGGAGAUACACGAGCGCUGGUGGGUGGGACUCAAGCGCUGGGACCCCCGUGAUCUCCACCUGGCACCUCAGCCCUCCUCAUGUAGAGUGGAGGUCACACCAAGCGUUGGCCGACAUGCCCCCUUCCAUGAAUCUCUAUGGGAGAGCUGGAGAUACAUGAGUGCUGGUGGGUGGUGGGGUUGGUAUCCAACUGCUGGGACCCCCGCAAUCUCCACCCGGAACCUCAGCCCUCCUUCUGCACAGAGUAGAGGUCACAUCAAGCGGUGGCCGACCCCCCCCUCCAUGAAUCUCUAUGGGAGAGCUAGAGAUACACCAGCACUGGUGGGUGGCGGGGUUGGUAUCCAACCGCUGGGACCCCCCCUCAAUCUCCACCUGGCACCUCAGCCCUCCUCCGGCACAGAGUGGAGGUCACACCAAGCGUUGGCCUACACACCCCCUCCAUGUAUCUCUAUGUGAGAGCUGGAGAUACAUGAGUGCUGGUGGGUGGCGGGGUUGGUAUCCAACUGCUGGGACCCCCCCGCAAUCUCCACCCGGCACCUCACCCCUCCUCCGGCACAGAGUGGAGGUCACACCAAGCUUUGGCCGACACGCCCCCUCCAUGAAUCUCUAUGGGAGAGCUGGAGAUACACGAGCACUGGUGGGGUUGGUAUCCAACCACUGGGACCCCCCCGCAAUCUCCACCUGGCACCUCAGCCCUCCUCCUGCACAGAGUGGUGGUCUCACCAAGCGUUGGCCGACACGCCCCCUCCAUGUAUCUCUAUGGGAGAGCUGGAGAUACACGAGCACUGGUGGGGUUGGUAUCCAACCACUGGGACCCCCCGCAAUCUCCACCUGGCACCUCAGCCCUCCUCCUGCACAGAGUGGUGGUCUCACCAAGCGGUGGCCGACACGCCCCCUCCAUGCAUCUCUAUGGGAGAGCUGGAGAUACACGAGCGCUGGUGGGUGGGACUCAACCGCUGGGACCCCCGUGAUCUCCACCUGGCACCUCAGCCCUCCUCAUGUAGAGUGGAGGUCACACCAAGCGUUGGCCGACAUGCCCCCUUCCAUGAAUCUCUAUGGGAGAGCUGGAGAUACAUGAGUGCUGGUGGGUGGUGGGGUUGGUAUCCAACUGCUGGGACCCCCCGCAAUCUCCACCCGGAACCUCAGCCCUCCUUCUGCACAGAGUAGAGGUCACAUCAAGCGGUGGCCGACCCCCCCCCCCCCCCCUCCAUGAAUCUCUAUGGGAGAGCUAGAGAUACACCAGCACUGGUGGGUGGCGGGGUUGGUAUCCAACCGCUGGGACCCCCCGCAAUCUCCACCUGGCACCUCAGCCCUCCUCCUGCACAGAGUGGUGGUCUCACCAAGCGUUGGCCGACACGCCCCUUCCAUGUAUCUCUAUGAGAGAGCUGGAGAUACACGAGCGCUGGUGGGUGGGACUCAACCACUGGGACCCCCCGCAAUCUCCACCUGGCACCUCAGCCCUCCUCCUGCACAGAGUAGAGGUCACAUCAAGCGGUUUUCGACCCCCCCCUCUCCUCCAUGAAUCUCUAUGGGAGAGCUGGAGAUACACGAGCGGCUCUGCUAUAGAGAUACAUUGAGGGGGCAUUGUCUGUCAGUGCUUGGUGCCACCUCCGCUCCAUCCAGGGUAUAGGGUAGAAGAUCGAUGGGGGAUCCCAGCGGUCAUACCCACCGUGACCAGACACUUAUCCCCUAUCCUGCGUAUAGGAGAUAAGAACAUAUGUACCAGAGUUCCACUUUAAUGUAUACAAGAGCGUAUUCUAUGAUGAACCCAAUACGAAAUAGCAUUUCGAUGCUCGGUGUCAUUCACCCCUGGGCUUUCCAGCGUGCCAGCAUUUGUUAGCUUUGCUCUGCGUGUGCUGAGCCGACGCCGCCCGGCGUUUGUAUCCAUCCAACAUGGCCGCCGAGCCGCUCUUGAACAAUCAUGCCACAUUGAUCAAAAUACACUUGACGCUAUUGACUUUUGGUGCAGAAACCGGUGUCUGAUCUGUGAUUUUUUACUCCCUCUUCUCUGAUCAGAUUAAAAGGAUUAGGGCAGAUUUUGGCAUUUUAAUCCCCUGAGGACAUGGAUAAUUGUAACAUCGGGUAAUCCUCUUCCUCCCUUUUUUCUCUCUCUGCAAUAAACACUUGUCCAUGGCAUCUGGCUACACAUUAGCCAUUGCGGCUGACCUCCACCCUCCUUGUGGGGGGGGCCGUCCAUCAUUGCAGAUAACAGAAGAAGCGGUUUAAGAGCAGCAUGUUAUGAUCGAGGGGGGGGGGGGGGUGUGUGCGAGUGGUAAUUCUGUCCCCUCACUCUGCACUGCGGUUGAGUUUGCUUUCUGUGCGUCUCUAUUGAUUUGUCAGGAUGUUGUCGUCCUCUAUUCGAGAAAGGUGUGCCAAAUGAGAAUCUGCUUUCCGCACCUGAUCACCAGUGUUUUCCAAACUGUGUCCCUCCA